CCGAACUGCUACCAACACCACUCGUGUUGACACGAGGCCAGCUCACUUUGAAUCCUUCUUCUCAUUCUAGACUCUUCAUCAUCUUUACGCACCAGAUCCGCGCUCUGCUGCUACAGAUAUCCACCCCCUCCCGCGCAUGAUCCAAGCCUGAAGCAGCUCUCUCACGCCAUCGUGAAAGCUCGCCCGGCAUGGCUUCUAACCAAACAUUAGCCACGCCGCAGGCGGUGAUGGGCCAUGUGCAGAAACUCGGCGAUAGUGAUCCGGACUUUCGAUUCAUGUCUCUGAACGAUCUGCUGCAGCUGCUCAACAAUGCCAAACCCGAUUUCCUCCAUCACGACUACAACAUCGCUGCGCGCACAGUUGAUAGCAUCAUCAAGACGCUCGACGACCAGAAUGGUGAGGUCCAGAACCUGGCAAUCAAGUGCCUGGGACCCCUCGUGGGCAAGGUCCCUACACCCAUCAUCGCUCCCAUGAUCGAGAAGCUGUCCAACCUGAAGCUUAAGAACUCGGUGGACAAUACUGUGCCCUCGUUGGCUCUUCGAUCCGUAAUUAUCGCCCUUCACCGACCGGUCCCGGGACUCCCGCCUACCUCAGAGGUCCAGGAGGCCUACAAUGCUGUCAGCCGAGUCCUGAUUCCCCGCCUUAUCGGCCCCGGACCCAAGACACGAACUCCCAACAACCCCAAUGUCCCUCUUCCUUCCGUCCCCGAGGGCCUCCUACAAAAUGAGAACGAUCUCAACGCCGAAGCCGUCGAUGUGCUGAUUGAGGUGGUUCGAUGUUUUGGACCCAUGCUCGUCCAGGUCGAGGUCGAGGCUAUGCAAGAGGUGGUCAUUCAGCUUCUCGAGAGCGAGAAGGGCUCGUCAGUUGUCAAGAAGAGAGCGGUCGUUGCCAUCAGCAUGCUUGCUGUCUACCUCUCUGAGGAACAUCUGGAAGAGGUGGUGAACCGAAUUACUGCUGGUCUUUCCCAGAACCAGAGCAGCCCGGUUACGAGGCGACUCUAUAUUUCGAUCCUUGGUAGUAUCGCGCGAUCGAUUCCUGCUCGCUUUGGACCACACGUCCCCAAGGCUGCACCUCAAAUUCUGCAAGCACUCGGCGACGAAGAGCUCCAGGCACAUCUCGAGGCGCUCAGCGAUGGAGACGAUCUGGGUCAGGAGUUUAACGAGGUGCGCGAAGCUUCUCUCGUGGCUCUUGAGGCCUUCCUAGCUUCUUGCCCGCAGGAGAUGCGUCCCUUUACAGACGAUACGAUAACUUCCUGCUUGCGAUUCCUCAAGUACGAUCCUAAUUAUUCCAUGGACGAUGAGGAUGAGGACAUGGAAGACGAGGAAGAAGAGGACGAAAUGGACGAGGACGACGAAUUUGAUGCUGAUGAUGGUUUUGAAGACGAUGACGACGACGCCAGCUGGAAGGUUCGACGAUGCGCCGCAAAGACACUGUAUACGCUUAUCUCGACACGCGGCAGUGGAGAUUUGCUCGAGAACGGUGUGCUUUACAAUCAGGCAGCUCCUCUGCUCAUCAAGCGAAUCGAAGAGCGAGAGGAAAAUGUCCGACUGGAGAUUAUUUCUGCUCUCUCUCUAUUGAUCCGCAAGACUGGAGAAGGAUUCGCCAUGAAGGACCUGGGGCUCGAUGACUUUGAGCCUGAAUCCGAAUCUCGCAUCCCAAUUAGUAGGAAACGAAGACGCCAGAGCAGUGUUGGCGGGUCAUCAGCUUCCCAGUUCACUGGUUCCGGUCUUGUCUCUCCCGUCUUUGAAAAGACCCCCACGACCGGUCCUCGAGCUGAUCUAGCUCGCCUGACACCAUCUAUCCAUGGCGGACUUGCCGAGUACUUUGACCAGGUUAUUGGUCCUAUAAUCGAGGCCAUCCAACCCUCUGGUACUGCGACUGCGCCCACUUCGCUGGCCUCGCAGGCUGGAUCUUCCUCGGCUACUCCAAGCACACUAAGAAUCACGGCCUUGGAGAUUAUCAGCGAUAUUGCCAAGACUCACUCAUCGACUAUCCUGCAGCCUUAUCUCACAAAGAUUGUCGAUGGAGUCAUCUCAGCCGUCCACAAUCGUUUCUACAAGAUCUCUAGCGAGGCCAUAGGAACUGUUGAGGAGCUGAUCAAGGCUAUUACCCCACCCCGAUCGCGCAACACGGCUACUAAGUACAAGGCCGAACUUGACAAACUGUAUGGAGUCCUUCUGGAUAGGGCUGCUGCCCAGGACGCUGAUGCAGAGGUUCGCCAGCGAGCCAUUCACGCACUCGGUGUCUUGAUCUCGCGCACCUCUAGCCCAGAGGGCUCAUCUCUGCUGUCUGAGGAUAAGCGCAAGGCUGCAUUGGAGGUGCUGCGGGAACGACUCAAGAACGAGACGACCCGCCUGGCUGCUGUACGUGCUGUGGAGAAUGUCUCCCGCUAUGCCAAAACACUGGGCCAACUUGAGCAACAAUGGAUCCAGGAGGUGGCCCUGGAGCUUGCUGCCCAGCUGCGAAAGGCCAACCGAGCCCUCCGUGGAUCGAGCAUUGUCGCUCUCAAGGCCCUUGUCCUAUCGCCUGCUAGCCAGAAGCAGCUGGAGCCUGACACUAUUGGUGGUAUUGUGUCUGCACUGAUGCCGAUCAUCACUAACAGUGAUACGCAUCUUCUCGGACCAACACUGCUCAUUCUUGCUAAAAUGGUACCAGAGCACCCAGAGCUUGUGGUGACGGACGAAAUGAUCGUCUCGCUCUGCGAGCUGCUCAAGUCCCACUACUCGAGCAUUGCUCUGGACCACUUGCUCGUCUUGAUCAGUAGCAUUGGAGAGAGCGGAGCUGGUCAAGCUCUUAUGCAAGGUCUACUCAAGGACGUUAGCGUUGCCGGUGACCCCCCUGUUGUCGGCAAGGUGAUUGGUACUCUUCUCGUGACGGGAGGAGAGUCAGUGGGAGUCAAGCUGGACAGCUUUGUUUCGGAACUCUACACGAGUGCGAAGGGCAACGACGAAGCUCGAGUUAGCCUCGCCCUGGCUGUCUUGGGAGAGGCCGGAAAGAGACUGGGAACCAGCUCGACACUCAAGCCUGAUCUCUUCCUGGACCAGUUCCAUGCCGAGCCCGACAAGGUGUCGCUAUCUGCGGCCAUCGCCCUUGGCAGAGCCGGGUCAGGCAACGUACCCGAGUUUCUGCCUGUUAUCCUGCAGACCAUGCAGAAGGGUGGCAACACACAGUACCUUCUCAUCCAAUCCAUCAAGGAGAUUCUGCAGUCGAUUUCGGCGCAGUCAACGGACCUGCGCAACUAUGCACCGGCCAUCUGGGACGAACUCCUCAAGGCUUCGGACAAUGCGGAUAACAAGGUGGUUUGCGCUGAAUGCGUGGGCCGACUAGUUACACUAGACCCUACCGUGUUUAUGCCGCGUCUUCAGACACUUCUCAAGGAUGAGUCUCUUGGUGUCCGUGGAAUGGCGGUCCAGGCUGUCCGCUACACUCUUCCAGAGAGUGACGAGACAUUCGAUGCUCUCCUGAACAAUGUCCUGAUUGACAUGCUCUUGACUAUGCUUCAAGACUCGGAUAUGGACAUUCGAAGAUUGGCAAUGACUACUCUUACGACAGCUGCCAGAAAUAAGCCGGAUCUGAUCCACCCUCACCUGGGUGAUCUUAUGCCUUUUGUUCUGACCGAGUCGGUGAUCAAGAAGGAGCUGGUCAGAGAGGUCAUGAUGGGUCCGUUCAAGCACACAGUAGACGAUGGCCUCGAGGUCCGAAAGAGCGCAUAUGAGACAUUGUAUGCGUUGAUGGAGACGGCGUUUAGCCGCAUCAACAACAUUAACUUUUUCGACCGUGUGGUGGCUGGUCUCAGAGACGACAAUGAUAUUCGACAGCUGUGCAACCUGAUGGUGACAAAACUCAUGACAAUCGAUCCCGAGGAGACGACCAGACGUCUUAACUCGAUUGCUGAAGCGUACCGCUCUGUUCUCUCUGUCAAGCUGAAGGAUAACGCAGUGAAGCAAGACUUGGAGAAGCAGGAGGAGGCGAACAAGAGCAUCCUGCGGGUGACGCUGAUGCUGGGUGAUAGGAUGAAGGCGAUGACCGGAAACGCUGGAGCCGCAACCAGCAAUGCAGGCGCGGCGAGCGUCUGGGGAGCGUACUGGGAAUGGGUGAACAAGGAGUUUGACAAGCAGCUCAAGGGGCUGCGAGAGGAGAAGAGCAAACUACAAACACGCAUGGUCUAGGACAAAGGCAAUUUGUAAAAAUGAGGAUUUGGGAGGGUGAUGAGUGUAGUUUACAAGAAGAGGCUAGUCGAUUAGCUGGCAUUGAUGAAGAAUAACGAAUGGCAUUGUUUGUGAUAG